AAAUCGAAAAGUGUUUGUGUUUUAAAUUGCAUUCUGUAAAAUAAAAACCACGAGUCAUAAGCAAUGUCAUACAACCUUGAAGGAAUGCCAGACCAACAAUUUCUUUGGAAUGUGUUUCAAAGAGUCGAUAAAGACAGGAGUGGUCAUAUCUCUGCUGAUGAGCUACAAGUGGCUCUUUCGAAUGGUACAUGGUCUGCAUUUAAUCCCGAAACGAUCCGUUUGAUGAUUGGAAUGUUUGAUCGGGAAAAUAGAGGGACCGUUUCUUUUCAAGAUUUUGGAGCGCUGUGGAAAUAUGUGACGGACUGGCAAAAUUGCUUUCGAUCAUUCGAUCGUGACAAUUCAGGAAACAUCGACAAAAAUGAACUGAAGACAGCACUGACAUCAUUUGGUUACCGUUUAUCCGACCACCUAAUUGACGUUUUACUAAGAAAAUUUGAUCGCUUUGGACGUGGAACAAUUCUUUUUGAUGAUUUUAUUCAAUGUUGCAUUGUGCUAUAUACUUUAACAACUGCAUUCCGGCAACACGACACUGAUAUGGAUGGGAUCAUAACCAUACAUUAUGAACAAUUUUUAAGCAUGGUUUUUGCCUUAAAAAUAUAAUUUAUUUUUUCAAAUACCAACUUAUUAAAA